AAUACAGUUUCAGAAAAUAAAAACAAAUACAACGUCGUACUAAUUAUUAACUAAGAAAAACAAAUUUAUAAUAAUAUAUGUAUGUAGAUAAGAAAAAAAAGUGAAAAAAUACUAUCCAAAUAAAAAGAAAACGGUCAAAGUUUACUCGUUUCUAUAUAUAAGCAUGAAAUGGAGUGAAUAAUAAUAACAACAACCUUGUUGUAAAAUUUGGGCGAUGAGAGGAAAAUCGUCUUCAACAUCAAAUAUAUGGAAAUUUAUAUUUUCCAAGUGAGGCAAACCUCAAAACAAUGAAAAGUGGUAUGGCCCUCACUUCUCAUAUUUUCUGGUGAUUUGCAUGAAAAAUACUUCCUCCCCCCAGUACUACUGUCACCCGCGGGCGCUUAGAAAAUUCUUUUGUUAAAUUUUUACGCGUCAUUAUUUGGGGCUUUAAGCAGUGUCCCUUCCAAGCAAAACAGAUAUUGCCAAAAAAAAAAAACAGCAGACAGUGUCACCCAUAGAAUCCAUUGUUGAUUGUCUAAAUUCCAUUUUCCUAUAAAUAAUUCUUUGAAUUUGCUUUAAUUUACAUAAAUACCUUAAAUUUAAUGCUACGCCUCAAGUCAUCACACAUAGUAGAUAAAGCAAACAAACUCAAAGUACCACUUCACAAGCAAGUUCAGCAUAGCUAACGAAGCUCCAGCAAGCAAAGUCAAAAUGGAUCCCCAGAAAAUAUCCGAAUUGGCCAAACUAUUACGAAAUAAUGGUGACAAAAUAUUAAGUUGUGAAUCCACUUUAACACUAUCAGGCUCUCUUUUACGUGCCCUUAACGAUGCCUUCACCCUUAUCGCCGAUUCGCUGGAAGUGGGCGAAGUGCAAAACUUUCAAGUUUUAAAACCUAUGAAUUCUAAACCCCCUGUUUUUCGAGAUUUACAGCUGAUACAUGAUUUUAUACAGAAAACCGCUCUUCUAAGCCUGGUGCAAUAUCCAAGUGAAGAGUAUUUGGGUAAAAUCGAUAUUGCGAAAUUUCGAGCUCUCAAGCGGCUGGAAGUUCAUAAAAUCAAUAUAAAACAAUUGGCUGGCAUACAAAGGCUGCGAGGCCAAUUGCAACAUUUGAUAUGCGUGAAAAGCAUAAAGGCAGUCGAUGACAUUAUAACCCAUUGUGGCGGUGACAACUCCAAUGGUUUUGUAUGGAACGAGCUGAAGAGUGCCGAUUUUAGUUACAACAAUCUCAAAUGUGUGGAUACAUCAUUGGAGUUUGCCCAAUAUUUGCAGCAUUUGAAUUUGCGGCAUAAUCAGCUGCAGUCUGUGCAGGCCAUCAAAUGGUUGCCUCACUUGAAAACUUUGGACUUGAGUUACAAUCGUCUCACACAGAUACCGCAGUUUCACAUGGAUGCCUGUAAGAGACUGCAAUCGUUGAACAUGAGCAAUAAUCUGCUGGAGGAUCUCAUGGGUAUUGUGAAAUUGGAUGCUCUUACGGAUUUGGAUUUGUCAGAUAACUUCCUUUUGGAUCAUACAUUUCUGUUGCCUCUGAGUGCUUUAAUUACCUUGAAAUUUCUUUCACUAUUUGGCAAUCCCUUGUAUUGUUAUCCCAAACAUCGUUUGGCUACAUGCCAAUAUUUGCAUAAAAACUGUUCCACCGUCAAAUUUGUUUUGGAUUUUGAUACACUCUCGAAAAGUGAAAAAGCUGUCACAGGUACACAUCAAUUAAGGCAGGUGGGAGCUCUCAAUCGCUUUACAUUGCGUUCAUCGUCCACCUCCAUAUCGAGUACGAGUGGGGGUCUUACGCCCAUUCAUUCAACCAAUACACCUGCCUCAAGUGUUGGUUCAUUGCUCUCCUUCAAAUUUUUCGGUGACAAGUCCUCAGACGUGGAAACAAACAGCAAUGAAACGUCGGGGGUAAAACCAAAGAAAAGAGCUUCCAAAAUGCGCUGUGUUGAAAUUGAGGAUCAAACUGUAGAUAAUGCAGAUAUGGCCAAAGAAGAUGUCGCGGAUGCCAUGAAUAGCUCGGUUAUAUCAAUGAAUAAAAGCAUCAGCUAUACUAAAGAGGACUGCAAAGAACAUUUGGAGACAAAACGCCAAAUUGUUGAGCUAAGAGAAAAAUAUGGCAACGAAUGGCUGCAUUCUGGUAAUGCAGAAAUACUGAAUAAUGACUCAACACAAAAAUCAGACGACAUUGAUGUGCAGCGGCAAAAAUCACGCGAAAUGUUUGAAGAAUAUAUAAAAGAUGUAUCAGGAGAUUUGUCAAACAGCACCUCUGCCCAAACAACAACGGUAGUGACCUCUACACCCACCAACCUGGCACUUGACAAUACGCUCACCCAGUUAACGGUGUCUCCCAUUAAAACGGAAUCAGAAACCAGUGACUCCUCUUCCCUAUACAAAAGUUUGGACCAAACACAAACCCUUAUCCCCAAUGAGGAUACCAACUCAAAUCUGGACAAAGAAGACACAGUCUACAAAUCAUUUGACGAUAGCAAAAGUGGGAACAAUAAUAGCAAUCCCUUUGAGGGGGAUGAGGAUAAUACUGAACCAAAGCAAAACAACGAAGCUGAAAAUGAUAUGGAAGAAGAGGAUGAUCGUUUGAAAUAUGUCUAUUCUUCAACAGAGAAUGAAGAUGCUGAGCAUUCUGAACGGGAAGAUGAUGAGGAGACUUAUAUUGUCUUUACCUCAAAUCGUAAUGAGGCCAUAUUUUUAACAAAAUCCUCCAACUUCCUGAGAGAAAGAGACCCUUUAACUGAAAAGACAAUAACCAAAUGGAGCUUAAAAAUCUUGGAAUCCUGUGAUCGUAUCAAAUCCAAUGUUUUGCGUAUAAAUUUUGAUACCGUUAAGGCGGACAAACAGGAGCGUGUUUAUACAGUGGAAGAGGACUUGUGCCAGGAAUUGGAGAAGAAGUUACGUGACAUUUUAUCGCAAAGGGAUCUAACAGAAAUGAAUCAAACCAUUUAUCGAUGUGUCAAUUGUAAUAUGCAAUUUUCGCAAGAGGUUAAAACUACACAACAACAUGUUGACAUACGCUGUCCAGAUUGUAAGUCGACUUUUGUUGCUGAGCUGCACGAGAUUCCCAAAUCUUUGGAAAAAAGGACGACUCUGACUCUUAUGGAUAAGUUAUCGCCCGCCUCCAUAGUGGAAGAAUUGCCAAGCAGUGUGAUACCUCUUCAUAUACAAGAUGGUGAUAGCAACAGUAUUGGUAAAGGCAAAACAAGGCUUACAACUAAUCCACAGCAAGCAACAACACAGAAGCAAAUUGUAAAAAGUUCUGCCACGUCCCUGAAUGAAUCAUCUUGCUCGAAAAUCACUACCACCAAUUCGGAAAGCUCUUUCAAUUCCAAUCAAUCUUUGGUGGGCAGCACAAAUACAGACCGUGAUUUGGAUUUUAGAACUAAUGGUGAAAGUGAUGUGGACAUCAUUUCGAAUCCCAGUCAAUCCAGCAUUGAGGUCUUAGAACAUUUCGCCAGCCGCAAAACUUCUGAGGAACGUCGUAUAUCCCACAUACCAAGUCUCGAAACCAUAGAUGAUCAAAGCUACACUCAGACAUUUUUGGAACGUGAAUUUGAUAAUAUGAUUAAUUUUGCCAUGAAAGAUCAUCCCGAGGAAUAUGCCCAGAAGCUGGCUAAAACUAAACCUCCGGCCAUAGCAGACCAAGCACCAAAGUCUGAAAAAGCUGAGUUAUCUGCCAAAGAGAAUGAGACAAAAAUCAAAAAGUCUUCCACUGCAUCUGCACACAAUAACUUGACCGAAAGUAGUUCAUCGGGCUCUGUAACGGAUAGUAUUUGCACAGCCUAUGAACAAAAGGCUCAACCCGAUAGCACCCAGGAAUUUUUGCAGCAGGAAAUCAAUGAUAACAACAAAAAGGAUGGUAGCAACAAUAAUUUGUCAAUGCUAAGUGCUAUAAUGCAAUCUACCAGCAUAUUGAUGACCAGCUCCAAAAAACUCAUCGACACAGAAAAAUUGUCCAACAUUAAGUCCGGCACUGUUUUGCCCACAAACACCAACAACACCAACUCAGCGGUGACCAGUACCUCUAGAUCAUAUAAAUUUAAUUAUACCGACUUCAAUGAGAUUGAUCAUCGCUUGAAAUUGUAUUUCUAUCAAACCAAAUUCGAGGAGAAAGGUGAACACUUCAAGUGGAUAGUAAGGGGACGCAUUUACAAUGAAAACACCAAACAGAUGAGUGAUGGUUGUGUUGUGGUCUCCACCUGCAAGUUUUAUUUGAUGCAAGUCUUUGGCGAAGAACAUGAUGAUGUAGCCAAAUGGUUGAAACCUAUUAUUACUUGCACUGUGGAUCGUUUGGAAACCAUACAGUUGUUGCCCUGGAAGAUAGGUUUAUCAUUUCAUUUGCGUGAUUGGGGUGGAUUUUUAUUGCUGCUGCAAGAUAUCUUGAGAACGGAUUCCUUGCUGUUGUUCUUUGCGAAUAAUUCCCCGCCCACCUCCUGUGAUUUGGUCUAUCAGCCCAAUGAGUCUAUUUUGAAACGUCUCAAUUCGGCCGUUAUAGAUGAACAAUUGAAUAUGUGCUCGGUGCUAAAUGGCUGUGAAAUUACCUGUGAAAAUGCCAAACGUUCAUUCAAUAUAUGCUGUCUGCUAACAACCGAUUCACGCCUCUAUUUAAGUUCUGAAAAUAUGGGUUGGCUUUCGGCGGGCAAAACGGCCGCAGAAGAUAUUGAAUUAUGCGUUACCCAAUUUAUGUCGAAUUUAGUGGAAGUUGAACAUAGCAGCGAUAAUGUUUUUAUAUUAAAUUUUCUAGAUGAAACCCAGGAUAAAUGUGAGCUCUGGAAGUGCACAUUUGAGACAGCAGAAAAUGCCAAUACCUGCUUAAAUGCUAUAUCACAAUCCUGGGAGAAACUAUUUGGGGUGCCACUGAUAAAUACAUGAAAAACAAAAAAUACAUAAAAAAAGUCAACUGAAUUGAAGUGAUCUUAAACAUGACUCAAAAUUAUAACAAUAACUAGGUUAAGCCAAAACUAGACUAAAAUCUUAAUGUUUUCUGUAUGUAUUAGAGAAACAUAAAUUUUUUCUCUUACUUUGUUUUUCUCUCAGUGAUGUUUCUAUAUAAGAAAAUGUUUAAGAAACUAAAGAAAAAUAUUACAAUAAUCUUAUAUGAAUUAUAUAUUCUAUUGGUGCCGUAUACUCUUAUAUAAGGGAGAAAAAAAAAACUUAUGAAACACCAAAACAUAUCUCUCCUCUCCCCUUUUUGAAAAAAAAAACACCCUUGACUACGAUUUGUUUCUCUAGGCAGUCUAUGAUUGGCAACAAAAUUAUUUAAAGUAUGCCAUAAAUGUUUGCAAUAAUCUUUUACAGUUAUUAUUAUUAUUACUUAGCUUUUGUAUAUAUAAAAAACAAUUUAGUAAUAAUAAAAUAAUCCUGCAAUCCUUAA